AAUCCGGUGACAUGCUGAAAACGAAAGUGAAUUAAUUUUCAAAGAAUAAUCAAAAUCAAUCGGAAAAAUGGACGAAUCAUUGAAACAUCACAAUCCGAACCCAGUCAUACGCGCAAAUGUCAUUUCAAAGUUGUUCUUUUGGUGGAUGAAUCCGCUAUUCAAGAAGGGGUAUGCACGUCAGCUGGAGGUAGAGGAUAUGUACAAUGUGACAGUUGAAGAUCAGUCUGACAGACUGGGUGAAACACUUGAAAAGGAAUGGAGAAAAGAGAUGAACAAGUCCAAAGGAGGGAAAAGAAAACCUAGUUUGUUUAAAGCUCUGUUUAGAAUGUUUGGUCUUGAAUAUAUUCUUUUGGGCUUUGUUCUGUUUUUAGAGGAGGCCACAAAGGUUAUACAACCACUGUUACUUGGUGGGUUGAUUCGUUAUUUCACACCGGGGUCCUCAGUGACUAAGAUGGACAGUUACCUGUAUGCAAUGGGCGUGAGUCUGUGUGCAAUAAUGCUAGCAAUUUCACAUCAUCCUUACUUCUUCGGAGUUCAACGUAUAGGAAUGAAAAUGAGAAUAGCAUGUUGUUCUUUACUAUAUAGAAAGUCAUUGAGGUUAAGCAGUGAAGGUCUGGGUAAAACAACUACAGGGCAGAUUGUCAACCUUAUGUCAAACGAUGUUAAUAGAUUUGAUCAGGCUGUGAUAUUUCUUCAUUUCCUAUGGGUAGGACCUAUAGAAGCUAUAGCUGUAUUGGCAAUAUUAUGGCGGGAGCUUGGUCCAUCUACUCUAGCAGGCUUUGCUGUGCUCUUGCUGCUUGUACCAGUACAGGGAUGGAUGGGAAAAUUGUUUUCUAAAUUCAGACAAAAGACAGCAAAGUUUACAGAUGAACGUGUACGAUUAAUGAAUGAAAUAAUAGCUGGCAUGAGAGUGAUAAAAAUGUAUUGCUGGGAAAAACCGUUUGGGGACCUUGUUAAAAAAGUCAGAAGUGAAGAAGUCAAAAAGGUAGCCCUUUUAGGAUACAUAAGAGGCAUGAUCCUUGGACCGUUCUUUUCAUCAGUGAAAUUAAUUGUGCUGGUUGUAUUUUUGACAUUUGUCUACACUGGGGGUGCCCUGCGAUCAGAGAUUGUAUUUGUGGCUGUAUCUCUGUACCAGGUCGUCCGUCUGUCCACAGUUCUCUUCGUGCCAUUUGCAAUCCAGUUUAUAUCAGAUACAAAUGUGACAUUUAAAAGAAUGGAGACAUUUUUACAGUUGGAUGAACUGCCUGAAUCGGAAAGAAGGGAUGAUGAGGAGAAAAUACCUGUGACAGAAUGUCAUGUCAAUAUUGAGAACAUUUCUGCUAAGUGGGACAAGGAAGUAGAACAGUUGACAUUACAGAAAGUAUCUGCUAAAGUGGAGUCGGGCAAACUGCUGGCAGUUAUUGGACCGGUCGGUGCUGGAAAGUCUUCAUUGCUGAUGGCAGUAUUACAAGAGUUACCUCUCUUGGAAGGGAAUAUAGAUGUCAAAGGUCGAAUAGCGUAUGUUUCCCAGCAACCGUGGGUAUUCUCUGCAAGUCUGCGACAAAAUAUAACAUUUGGAAAUAAAUACGAGAGGGCAAAAUAUGACAGAAUACUUAAAGCUUGUGCUUUAAAUAAGGACAUAGAUGUAAUGCCACAUGGGGAUAUGACAUUGAUUGGAGACCGCGGUGUGAGCCUCAGUGGUGGCCAGCGUGCACGGGUUAGUCUUGCACGUGCCCUGUACAUGGAUGCAGAAGUUUAUCUGUUGGAUGAUCCACUCAGUGCAGUAGAUGCCUCUGUAGGAAGACAUUUAUUCGAAAAUGUGGUACAAGGCAUAUUGAAGAAUAAACCAAGAAUCCUGGUUACACAUCAGUUGCAGUUCCUGAAAGAGGCAGAACAAAUUCUCAUCCUGAAAGAGGGAGAGAUGAUAGGUAAAGGAACAUUCCAGGAGUUGUCUAAAUCUGGAGUAGAUUUUUCAUCUUUAUUGAAACAUGAUGAAGAGGAGGAGCAACCCCCAGACAUGUAUGAAUCACAUGAUCCUCAUCAAAGCCACAGUAGAACACGUGACCUACAUUCUAAGUCACAUGAGCAUAUCAAUGGACAUUUACACAAUUUACGGCAGCGAGUUCGUGUUGAUUCUUCAUGUUCGCAUCAUUCUGUCACAGACUCCAUCCAGGGCUCAAUGAUGUCUCUUACUUCCAUCGGGACAGAAUUUGAGGCAGAGACAGUUCAGCUACCAGAAGAGGAAGAGAGACAUGAGGGGACUGUAGGACUAAGUGUAUAUUACAAGUACUUCAAGGCUGGAGCUGGAUUCUUCAAGUUCCUUAUCCUAGUCAUACUCUGUCUCGCUGCACAAGGGGCAUAUAUCUUAAGUGAUUGGUGGCUCGCAAAGUGGUCCAACCAGGAAGAGGCACGGUAUGCUGCCCAGACAAGAGACAGUAUUUUACGUAACGAAUAUCUUCAGCGUAAUGAAACAUACAAUGGUACCAAUAUAACUAUACCAGAUGUUGAUACACAUUUCAAUGUAGCUGUGUUUAGUGGAAUUAUUGGCAGCGUUUUUCUCUUUGGCCUUCUUCGUGCCCUCCUGUUUUUCAAGGUUGCUGUUGAUGCAUCACAGAGUCUACAUAAUAUGAUGUUUGGCAGUAUAUUGAGAUCUCAUAUAGGAUUCUUUGACACUAACCCUGUUGGUCGGGUGUUGAACAGGUUUUCCAAAGAUGUCGGCCACAUGGAUGAUCUCUUACCUAUAACCUUCUUUGAUUUUGUCCAGUGUUCCCUACUUAUACUUGGUAUAGUGAUAGUGGCCGGAGUAGUCAAUCCAUGGGUGUUCAUCAUCGUUGUGCCAUUAAUAGUAUUGUUUGUGAUUGUACGUAGAUAUUAUAUCAGGACAUCAAGACAUAUCAAGAGACUUGAAGGAACUACACGUAGUCCUGUAUUUUCCCACCUGAGUGCCACACUUCAAGGCCUUCAUACCAUAAGAGCAUUUGGUGUACAGGAGAAGUUUACAGAGGAAUUUGACUGUCACCAGGAUCUACACACUGAGUCCUGGUUCCUGUUUCUAUCAUCAUCGCGCUGGCUAGCUGUACGUCUAGACUGGUUGUGUGCUAUGUUUGUAACAGCUGUCUCAUUCUGCUGUGUAUUUGCUGCUGAUAGUUUGAAUGCAGGUCUGGUAGGUUUAUCAAUGACCUAUGCCAUGACAUUGAUGGGUAUGUUCCAGUGGGGUGUUAGACAAAGUGCUGAAGUAGAAAAUCAGAUGAUCUCAGUAGAACGUGUAUUAGACUAUGCCAGCCUACCCUCAGAGGCCCCGCUUGAGGCAGAAGAAGACAAACGUCCACCCUCAAACUGGCCUCAGAAUGGAAGAAUAUCAACAAAUGAAGCUUGUCUAAGAUACUCUAAAGAUGGACCUCUUGUGUUGAAGGACCUUUCUUUUACGAUCAAAGCUAGAGAAAAGGUGGGAAUUGUAGGUAGGACAGGUGCUGGUAAAAGUUCCCUCAUCACAAUGUUGUUCCGACUGGUUGAACCAAACGGGAGAAUCACCAUUGACAACAUUGAUGUUCAGAGCAUUGGUCUUCAUGACCUAAGAAAACAUAUCUCUAUCAUUCCGCAGGACCCUGUGUUAUUUACUGGAAAGUUAAGGAGAAACUUGGAUCCUUUUAGUAACCAUAGUGAUGAUGCACUAUGGAAUUCCCUUGCUGAAGUUCAGUUAAAACAAGCGAUAGAAGACCUACCUCAUGGACUUGACUCUGAAGUAUCUGAGGGAGGGAUCAAUUUUAGUGUUGGACAGCGUCAGCUCAUCUGUCUUGCCAGAGCUAUUCUACGCAAUAAUAAAAUUCUUAUGAUUGAUGAGGCUACAGCAAAUGUUGAUCCAAGAACCGAUGCUCUGAUUCAGCAGACAAUUAGAGAGAAGUUCAACAGUUGUACAGUUCUGACUAUAGCCCAUAGACUACACACCAUCAUGGACUCUGAUAGACUCUUGGUGCUAGAUGAAGGAAAGAUACUUGAGUUUGAUGCUCCAUAUCUUCUUCUACAAAAAACUGGUGGAAUGCUGAGAAAACUUGUUGAACAGACAGGAAAGUCAGAAACUGUACAUCUGGUAGAAAUUGCCAAAACUGCAUACGAAAAAUCACAUGAGAAAGUUGAUAGUAAUGUAACUGAUAGUAUAGGAAAUGAGCUAAACUCAGCUUCAUUGCAUGAUGUUUCUGCCAUAGUUGAUGAAAAUGAAGAGGAUAGAAAUGUUAAUGCAGACACGGUCUCUAACAAAGAGCUGAGUCAUAUAGAUGAGGGUAGUAAUAUAGGUGAAAGUAGUAAUAUAGUUGAGGGUAGUCAUACACAUAAGUCAAAUGUGGGACCAGAAGAUAGCAAGCCGGAAGGUCAACCUGAAGAUGAUAAAGCUAGUCAUAGUGGGGAAUCUGAAGGUGUUAAUGAAUAUACACUGACAGAUAUUGAAGAUGCUAGCAAUGACAACAUAGAAGAUGGUGAAACUGGCGAUGCUGUUGAAUUGCUUGGAAUGGGAAAUAAAGAGAAGAAAGAAGAAAUUGAUGAUACAGAAAUAGUGUCUAAAACCAAACAGGAGGUAGAUGAUAAUGAUGAAACGUCAAAACUUAUACCUGGAAAAGAAAGUACUGAUGCCAAAUGAUAGAUGAUUUUGAAAUUAAAACUACAUUUUAUUGUUGAUCACAUAGAGACUAGAGUCAAACUUCAAUCUGACUAAAGUACAUCUCCUAUUACGCUACGCAUAGGGUCUGACAACGAGCUAUUGAUGGCCUCGUUCUGACAACCCUUCCGCCAGCCAAUCAAAAGCUAACUUACAACAUUCUGCAAGCUUUAAAAAGCCUUGGUUUUAGAUAUCAACAAUUUUUAUGUCGAUAGAUGUCAGAUAGCUGGUUAGCUCAGUCGGUAAGUCACUUACUCUGUAAGCGAGAGGUCCCGGGUUCGAGCCCUGGAUUAACUGCAAAUUUUUCUUACUCUUUGACAUUCGAACAAGUUGUCUGAUUGGUUCAAACGAAAAUAGAUUUGCGAAAAUAAAAAUAGCAAUAUUGGAAAUCCAAAAUAUACAGAAGACGAAUGUGAAUGGGUCGUUCUCAGAUCUUCGUUUAGAAGAUCAAGUACUUUAGUCAGAUUGAGUCAAACUUGUGCUCGAGACCACCAGUGAACAGAGACCAUCUCGCUCUCAACACCACUAGCUUCAUUUUCAGUUUAAACAUUUGACAUGUACAAUGUACUGGUAUUUUGACCUGUAGAACAGAUCACCUGCAAGCAGACAUCAUAUUUAAAUCCACCCAGAUAUGGUCUUUAUAUAAAGGUUAUGCUGUACACAUUCAAAGCUGGUACAAACAUUUUCAUUAUUGUUGUAUACCGUACUUGUAUUUUGACCUAAUAGUAUAUUGUUAAAAACCUGAAACAGAUAUGAAACUCACUUUAAUACCCAUACAUAAUAUUCAUUUUGUUUAUUAUUCAAACAUGUUUCAGUGCUUUUCAGCCUUUUGAAAAAGGUAUUUUUCCUAUACAGAAAUGCUUUAGAAAAUAUGCAUGAAAAAAGCCUAAUAUAUGAAAGGCUAUUUUUAACGAAAUAUAUUUUUACAAAGAUUUAAGUUUAUUUCAUUUUUAUCAAAAAUUUGUAAAGGAGUCACUUUUAACAUUUUAUAUUAUGAAUAUUUUACCUCAUUCCCGCCCAUAAUAGUCAUCAUAGAUUCCAGCCUAUUUUAUUUUGUUGUACUAGAGACAGAUGUUUUGCUACAUGUGUUAAUGAAUUGUCUUAAGGUAGUGGACGCGUAAUGACGAUACAAUUUUCAGUUUGAUUACAAAUUCUCUGUAUGCGAUUUUGACAUUUCCUGAAAGAUAUGAAAAUCCAUGUGACUGCCAAAGUAGAAUAAUGAGAAGAUGUAAUUACACAGAUAUUGCUGAGUGUCAUUACCGGUACAUUACCUUAAGUUACCAUUAUACUAGUCACGUUACUGGGUAAAAUAUUGUCUUUUGAAAGUAUUUUAGAAAGCAUAUAUUCAUGACUUUGUGUGUUUUAAGGUAUUUUUGCCAUUGAAACCUGUGCUUGUUAUUCUUAGCUAGCUGUUUACCGUGAAAUAUUUCAUUUUUUGAGGACCAAGUUGGAAAACGGGAGUUUUUUUUACGUGAAUCUUAAUGAGAGACUACCUCGAAGUGAAAAACACAGAUAUCUUUUAAAUUAACAUGACUGCUGUGCUUUCAUUUUAAAAUUUGGAUUAUUGUUAAGGAAGUUCUGCACAAAGGAUCUUUUUUUUUUCUUCUGUAUAGAAUUUGAUUAAAUCCUGAUAAAAAAGACAGUUGUGUACUUGAUUUUUUACUUGCCUGAUUUGAAAAAAAUUCACCUCACACACAUUUUCUUAUUUGGAGUCUAUGGGAAAAUCAGAACAGAAUUUUUCUACAAUGUAGAUUUUAAUGAAAAUUUCCACAGUCUUAAAUAAACAUAUGGCCUAUAAUAUGGUGAAAUAAAAUGUAUAAGUCUUUGUGCUUGUUAUCGAGAUAUUUGCCAUUGAUUAAAGAGAUCCAUGCAUUUUGAGCUGAUUUUUAAAUUUUUUGAAUUAUUUAACAUGUUAGAUGUUUUAUUAUGAGCUGUGCCAUGUGAAAACCAACAUAGUGGGUUUGUGACCAGCUUGGAUCCAGACCAGCCUGCACAUCCGUGCAGUCUGGUUUGGAUCCAUGCUGUUCGCUUUUAAAACCUAUUGGAAUUAGAGAAACUGUUAGCGAACAGCAUGGAUCCUGACCAGACUGCGCGGAUGCGCAGGCUGGUCUGGAUCCAUGCUGGUCGCAAAGCCUAUAUGUUGGUUUUCUCAUAGCAUGGCUCAUAUCUUAUUUUAACUUUAAAAAGAUUGUAACAUUGCCUUUGUAAUAAAUUUUACUCACCAGUUGCCAAUACUUCAUAAAAUUAUUUUCAUUUUGAUAUGCUGAAUCCGGGCUUUAUUCUAUGUUUUCCAGAUAAGUGACGUUACGCCAUUCCUUCAGGUUUAUGAAAUGUGCAGAACUACCUUAAGUACUGUUUACAAAGAUAUACACUUUGAUUAUAGUAAACUCGUAUCUACAUGUAUAUGAUUUUCGUCUUGUCUGUUGAAUAGCUAUGUACAAAUGCUUGCAUCUAUAAUUAUGAUUUUUAUGUUGUCUUUAGAGUGGGUCUAAGCAUAACUUUACCAUCUUACUCUUAACAGCAUCAUAUUUUUGUACUGCUACCUUUUUUUAACAAUUAUUUUACAUUUGACUUUUACUUAUUUGCCAAAAAUAAUGAAAUUACCAAACCUAAACUUCUCAUCCACAAUUGAUAGAUUUACAGGAAAAUUACUGUAGAUUGAUCUUAUACUAUUUUUCUUUAUUAAUGUAUGUUAUUUAUCCAGCUUGUGUUUUAAAUGACAUUAGGUAGAGGUCUUUAGCAUGCCCCAGGGUAAGAAAGCCAGACUUCCAGAGCUACUGAGCAGCUUACACAUGUUUUCCUUGUCUACAUUGAAAUUAGUCCUUUAAUUCCAGAGGAAAACAUUAUAUGGGUGUGUAUAUUGUCACCUUGUCAAGACAACUGUCAUAGAUUGAGAAAAAAUGUGCCUUUCAGGUUUAAAGAUUGAGUUUGGAGACCAGUCUCAGAUUGCAGAAUUUCCAUUGGUCAGUUACAGUAUUGAUCUCUAAAAGCAGCCAAUCAGACGUUGGGUUUUUAGACAGGUCCCCCGCUCACUUUUUAUAACCUUGGUGGCUCAUGACCAAGGCUGGGUACCUAUGAUUUGCUUUAUUUUAUAUUUCUGAUUUUGAUUUGAUUUUCUGUCAGUAAACACAGUUUAAAGAAGAAAUUCUAUCCGUAAGAAAAUUUUGCCCCAUGUCAAUAUAGACACUGUGGCAAUUGUCCUUGACUAUGAAUAUGACAAAAUGAUGCCUCGGAGUCCUGGUCUUUCCCAUGGACCGAAUUUCUUUAAAUUUUGUAUACUGAAUGCAAAUGAUGGCUAAAACAGAAAUAUAAAUUAAAAUGCACAGUUUCCUUGCCUUAAUCUUAAAUUAUCUGCCCUUGAAAAUUGGAUUUUUUAGUAUUUUCUGAUUUUCAAGGGCAGAUAAUUCAAGAUCAGGCACCGGUACCUAUGAUUUUUAGCUCGACUAUUCGAAGAUAAGGGGAGCUAUCCUACUCGCCCCGGCGUCGGCAUUAAGUGUUAGCGUGAGCGUCGCACAAAUGUUAAAGUUUGCGUACCACCCCAAAUAUUUUCAAAGUGAGUUGAGAUAUUGCUUUCAUAUUUUGCAAACUUGUGUACCAUCAUGACCCCAUUCUGUAAACAGGAGCAGACAACUUUAUCAAGCAUUUUGACUGAAUUAUGGCCCCUUUUCGACUUAGAAUAUGCUUAUUGUAAUGUUAAAGUUUGCGUACCACCCCAAAUAUUUUCAAAGUCCAUUGAGAUAUUGCUUUCAUAUUUUGCAUACUUGUUAACCUUCAUGACCCUAGUCUGUAAAAAGGAGGAGGCAACUCUAUCAAGCAUUUUGACUGAAUUAUGGCCCCUUUUCGACUUAGAAUAUGCUUAUUGUAAUGUUAAAGUUUUACUCAUAGCUUAUAUUAUACUGUCAAGCACUGAGAAUAGUCGAGCUCUUGUUAAUACAUAUUUCCGUUUUAAACUUUAUUCUCAGUCAGUACAAAGUUUAAAGAAAUUCUGUCCGUAGGAAAAAAUUUGCCUAUAUGCAUAAAUUAUAGGAAACUGUCAGAUGUGUCUUUAAUAUUUUUUACAUUAAAUUUCUAUCUAUUUGACACAAGACGUAUUUUGGAUCCAGUAUCCUGUUUGGAUCUUUUUCACUUCUUUUAGUGAAUAAUAAUCUUCUCCACUGUCAUAAAAGAUACUUUUUGUUAGACCAUCUGUACUUCGUUCAGGGUGAGCUAUUAGUAUAGAUGUAUGGUUCAUCACAAGGCAUCUGUCAUCUUACGUCACCAGUUAAGCUUAAAUUCUGAAACUACUAGUCAGAAUAACACCAAACUUGGCCCUCUUUCAGGUUUGUUCAGUGGUUUAGCUUGGCAAGGCCACCAAAAUUAAAAAUUUAAAAACGUUACAACUUUUUCUCUUGAGCCACGUGAUAGAUCUUCACCAAACUUGUUCUAUAGCAUCCUUGUAUGGACCUCUCUCAGAUUUGAUCAAGCAAGUAGUUCUGCUUGUUCCCUUUUAGGGGACAGCAGAAUUAAAGAUAGCAAAAAAACCAAAAAACUUUUCACGACUCCUUAUAAACAGCUUGAACAGUUUUCACUAAACCUAAGAUCUGUAGCAUCCGUGGGAGGACAUUUUUUAAUUUUGUUAAAAAGUUUCAGCUUAACUGUAGGUUGGGGCCACCAUAGCUGAAAAAAAGGAAGUCUUUAAACAGCUUCUUCUCAUGAACCGUUUGAUGGAUCUUCAUCAAACUUAAUCUGUGAGCAUCAUUUGUUUGGUCUCCUGUUUGUUCAGAAGGUUACACAUUUUUGGGCUGGUGCAGCAGAAAAUAGAAAAGACCCUUAAGAAAUAUUUUAAUCUGUACUUUCGCAAAACUUGGUCUGAAGCAAGGUCAAAAUGUCAUGGUCCUCAUUAGAAGAGUGACUUAGGCCCAAAUGGGCCUCUGGUAUAAUUUAAUUCAACACAUAUGACAAAAUUUAAGUGAUGUUUAAUUUCUCCUGCACCAUGACAAAUUUUUAGUUUGUUUGCAGAUUCGCAUAAGGAGUUGGUGUUAUGAAGUUGGACAUGUGCAACAAUAUCUCUAAUUAUUCAUUCACCUCAUUAAAAGAAAUGAGGUCCAGAUUAUAAAAUCGUAUAGUCUUUUUUUCUCCUUUGUUGCUUUAUAAUGCUUUGAAUCAAGACUGAAUUGUUCUUCUGCCAGUAACAGUAUUUAAAGAUUUUUUCUUGCCAUUUUUAAUGAAGGCCAUAAAUUUUAUGCUUGAAGUCUGAAGAGGUAUAUUAUGGAACUUUGUUCUCUUUUAUCAUGUAUAUUUCGAGAUUGUUUUCUCAAGAAUUUUAGCUGAUGCUUUCACACUUUAGCCAAACAGCUCCCCCUUAGUUUUCUACAAUGUACUUUUAUUUUAAAAUUUAUAGAAUAUUUGUUAAUGCAUUGCUUAAAUGUUUAUGUAUAGUCUUAGUUAUAUAUAGUUAUAUAUAGAUAUUCUGAUACAGAAGUUACUGAGCAUUGUUAUUAAGUCCAGUUUGGCUGUUUUAAGAAUGCAGUAUACCUUGUCACCAGGGUAGAUGCAUAUUUGUUGAACUGUUGCAAUUCAUUUUACUUCAUGUAAUACUAAAAUUUCUUAAUUGUUGUCUCUAACCCUUCAGAUACAAUUUUUGUCCAGUUUUGAAGAACAUGACCUUUAUGUGUUUUAUAUUGAAAGAAGGAAAAUGUACUGAUAUUAAACACUUUUCAGCUUAAUUUGGCAUUACUUGUAGAUAGAAGUCUGCAUUGUUGAUAAUUUUAUUUGUAUUCACAUUAGCUUUUUAUUCACAUUAGCUUUUUUAUUAUAAGCUUAAAAUAUAUAUGCUGCUGGGCAUGAGAAACACAUUUUUUUCUUAUUUUUAAGAAAUAAAGAUAAUAAAAAGGAUUUUUGACAGCUUCAUUCCCAUUUUCUUCAUGAAUCAAAAUUAGAGGCAGGUCAAUGUAAUUGUCAGGAGAAGAGUGAAUAUACAAACAUACUUAGUUUGUCAUAAAUAUUGUUGCAAGUUCUUUUGUUGAAUUAAACGUGGAAAUGAGAAGCAAAAACUGUAUACACUUGCCAUGAGAAGUAAUCCAUUUGCAUUUAUGUUGCAUUAGGUAAUUUUACCAAUUAUUUAGAAAUUUGCCUGAAGAAUUUAAUAUGUAAGUGUUUAAUGAUUUGUCUAACAAAUAGUCUUUUGAAUGUGAUACCUUACACUUAUUCUUUAAUGCCAACACUUUACACUAUUUUUUGUAUUCUGACAUGUUACAAUAAUUCUUGCAUGCUGACAUGUUACAAUAAUUCUUGCAUGCACUCAAGCAGUGCAUUUGAUCAGAUAUAUGUUCAUUGCCAUGCCACAUUGUACUAAAUAUUUUGACAAAUUGUUAAAUGAACAGAGUUAUUUUUAUGUGUUAAGAAACUGACUCAUUUGUGAUUGAUUUCAUUCAUGUUAGUGAACAAUGAUUUUCUUAAAAUCUUGAAGACAUUCUUAGUUACCAGAAAUGCCACAUUACCACUACCUGAAGUGUGUAAAAUUCAGCACUUGAACUGUAGUGGAAUCACAAUGCCCUCACAACUGUAAGCAGUAUUUUAAAGACCACCAAGUUGAAUAUGAUUCUAGGCACAAAAUAUUUCUCACAUAAAGGAUGAUAAUGAUGUUAGUAAUAAUUUUUUUCUGUCCUUAAACUUUUAUUCUUGUUGGUUUUGUACAUGUAAAGGACUAUAAUUUGGCAGGUAAUGACACUUUGGGUUUAAUAUUACUUUAGGGGAUAAGGAUGAUUUGUUUGUUUUUGUUUGUUUUGGGUUUAAUGCCGUUUUUUCAACAGUAUUUCAGUCAUAUAAUGGCGGGCAGUUAACCUAACUAUUGUUCCUGGAUUCUGUACCAGUACAGACCUGUUCUCCGCAAGUAACUGCCAACUUCCCCACAUGAAUUAUCAGAGGUGGAGGACGAAUAAUUUCAGACACAAUAUCUUUUAUCAAAUCGUCACGGAGAACAUACGCCCCGCCCGGGGAUCGAACUCGCGACCCCGUGAUCCGUAGACCAAUGCUCUCCCUACUGAGCUAAGCGGGCGGGCCUUGGGAUAAGGAUGAAUAAAUGGGUUAAAGUCACUUUUUCCUUUUUAAUCAAUUAAUUGUUAAGUGUUGUUGAACCUGUAUACCCUUGGUCUAUUAGUGUUUUUGUUUUUUUUAUGAUUUGUAUGAUAUUUCAAGUUAUCAUAUAUAUUUUUCUUACAUUCUCUUUAACUUUUUCUAUUCUUACGUUAGCUUUGAUAUGUCUUGAUCACAUGUGAGGAAGUCAUCCAGCUGGCUUACAGGUCAGUGGUUCUACCUAGAUGCCUUCCUGUGCCUUAAGUAAUGCUUGGAGGGGUGCCUGGGAUCAAGAUUUCCUUAAAUAUUUCUGAAACUUGUUCAUACAUUUGAUUGACACUCUACACCAACCUUUAAGAUCGUGAUGUAUGUUUACACAUCUGCUUUCAUAACAUAGCGUUUAAUUUUAACAGUAGUAUUCCCCAUUUUUUAAAAAAGAAAAUGAAAGCAAGGCUUUUAGUGGGGGAAUGAAUCACAUUUAGUAAUAGUUGUAGUUGUUACUAGGGUAGAUUUUUUGUUUAGGGUGUCCUUUGAAACACCACAGCCUGAUGACAGAAAUCAACUUGCAGUGAAGAAGAAAAACAAACGUUUAAAGUAGUACAAAAAAUAUUUUUUCUGGAUUAGUUACAGUUACAGUUUAAUCUUUACUGAAAUCAUGUCCAUAUAGACCAGUUACAUAGUGAACUGUAUCUCAGUAUCAGAUACCUCUGUACAAUAUACACUUUCAAUUCUUCCUAGCAGUUAACAGUUGAAAAUUAGUACAAUUAUGAUCAGAACUACUUUGUGUGUUUUUGUUGUAAUAGGUGCUUUGUGGUGUUUUGAUUGACCUCUUGUUAGGUUAGGGUCUUGUUACAGUUGGUGUAUUUUAAAAAAUCAUGUAAACUGUGAUUCAUAUUACUGGUGACACAAUUAUUUGAUUAUGGGAGAACAUUAUAACUGAAUAAAUAAUGAAA